CCUCUUCUGUUUGAGUGAUAAAAAAAAAAAAAAAAAAAAAGCCAAAGCUGACGCUAUUGAACAGUAAUAUUCACGUUGAGAGCAGGAGUCGGCCGAGAUAAAGGAGACAAGAAACUGCAUGGACAAGAAAGAAAUUAAAUCAGCAACUGAAUGUUCCAUUGGUGUGCGUUGCUGGUAACAUCUCACCCCCUCGAGAGAUUCAUGGGAAAAAUCCACAGAGGGGAAGGACCUGCACGGAUCUGAAGAGCAGAAGAGCUUUUGGUGGGAGAGGAUGCAAUUGAUGCUGUCUCAAGCGGGAAUGAGUCUUGGCGUUAGAUGCCGAAGCUUAGAGGUCAAGAUGCUGAGCUCAGUGGUAGCCAGGCCGUAACUAUGAUAGUUGAGGUGAGGCCUCCUCCCUCCUCACUGGUAACAUAUCCUCUUUUCUCAUCAUGCUGGAAAACCCCGCCGCCUCUGGCAUUUACAUCACGGUGGAGCUGCUGAUUGCCAUCUUCUCCGUGUUGGGCAACGUGCUGGUCUGCUGGGCCGUGUUCCUCAACAGCAACCUGCAGAGCAACACCAACUUCUUUGUGGUGUCGCUGGCUGUGGCUGACAUCGCCGUGGGCGUGUUGGCCAUUCCCUUCUCCAUUGUUAUCAGUAUUGGCUUCUGCUCCAAAUUCUACGGGUGCCUCUUCAUUGCAUGCUUCGUGCUCGUUCUCACCCAGAGCUCCAUCUUCAGUCUGCUGGCCAUUGCUAUGGACCGCUACAUUGCAAUCAAGUUACCUCUCAGGUACAACAGUCUGGUGACGGGCAAGCGGGCGCAGUACAUCAUCGCAGUCUGCUGGGUUCUCUCCAUUCUCAUCGGCCUGACUCCCAUGAUGGGCUGGCACAAGUUGUCUGAGAAGGAAGACAGCGAGUGCCCACCGGGUCUGAUGACGUGCCUCUUUGAGGAGGUGGUGGUUAUGGAUUAUAUGGUGUACUUUAACUUUCUUGCCUGCGUCAUGAUUCCUCUGCUGCUGAUGCUGGCCAUCUACCUAUGUAUCUUCAUGGCAGCUCGCCACCAGCUCAAGCUGAUUGAGGUCAAAGCGGUUCACGGGGAAAAGUCACGCUCCACUCUCCAGAAAGAGGUCCAAGCUGCCAAAUCUCUGGCCAUCAUAGUGGGCCUGUUUGCCGUCUGCUGGCUGCCCUUACAUAUCAUCAACUGCUUCACUCUUUUUUGCCCCAAGUGUCACCGUCCGCCGCUCUUCAUCAUGUACGUGGCCAUUAUCCUGUCGCACGGCAACUCGGUGGUCAACCCGUUCAUCUACGCGUACCGCAUCCGGGAGUUCCGGCAAACCUUCCGGAAAAUAAUCCACCGCCACAUCUUGGGUCGGCAAGAGCUGCCGGAGAAAAGAGGCAGUAAGCGCAAUUCGCUUCACAGCAGCUUCACCGACUCCAUCAGGCUCAAGGCCAACGGCCUCAGCCUUGACCUUUGGUCUGAGCAGGGCGACAGCAUUUCUGAAAACUCCGCUCGCGUCUCCCCUGUCGGAGGCGGUCUGUUGGCGGUAUCCCAAACACCUCUGUCGCUUGUCGUGCCUAAUGGUCCCAAAUUGGAUCCCAUCAGAUUGACUCAAAUACCCACGUGUCAUCAACGGCAUUAUUUGGCGGCAUCGGCGGGUGUGGAGGAAAGUAAAGAAGCAGAGAACCAGAGUGUCACGCAGGUGGAACCACAGUUGAACAGGCUGAACAGGGAAAGCAGCCUGAGCGAGCUGACUAAAGUGUCCUGACAUGCACAGCGCAGUCAUCACCAUUACUCUGGUCAAAUGUUUUUUUGAAAUCCUUGUGUAUGCCGAACAGCUCUUGAAACCAGCCACUGAUGUGCCGUGACAUGUAUUAGUCAUCAUCAUCAGGGGUGAUACAGAAAAUUAUUCAGAAACAUAUGUAUUUUCUAUAAAUCGUGUAUCUUUGUUCAGUUUAUCCUCGGCAGUGAUGCGUGGUGACAGGCACAAUAAUGAAAUAUUAAACAAUCUGUGUAUCCACUUUUGUGUUGUCUUCCUCUCUUUUCUCUAAAACAGGUCUGCUCUUCUCCUUUUGACAAUGCAUUUGCUGAUUUUUUUUUUCGAGCCAUAAAAGCAGUCUGAGGGAGACCUGUGAGCAAAAUUACUUGGAAAGCUGUGGUUUAAACGCAAACAAAAAACGCAUGUGUGAGUGACGUAGAAAUAGAAAGUGUCGGUCUGACGAUCCAAUAUAUAGUAACAUAUUCAAAAAUCCAAAAUGUCGCCAUUGUUGUCUGUUUACUGUGUAUUUGAGGAAUUAUGUGCAAGUG